UCGAAGAAGAAAAUGAAGGCGGCGCUCCGUAGUUUUGAUACCUCCUAGCCAACUUCCGAUUCUGGUACAACACCCAAGGAGAACGAAGACGGGCGAAACAACGCGAAGGUAGGCUAUGGCUCGCGGGCAACAGAAGAUUCAAUCCCAGCAAAAGAACGCCAAGGCGGCAGCUGCUAAAAAGAAGGGAGCGGCAGCAGACCAGAAGACUGCAGCCAAGGCAGCACUUGUCCACACCUGUCCUGUCUGCCGGACGCAGAUGCUGGACACGGAGACAUUCAAGCAGCACUUUGAGAGCAAGCAUCCCAAGUCCCCAAUGCCACCAGAGCUGGUUGAUGUUGAGGCUUAAAACGAUCACACACACGAUGGAUCUUCAGCUGGGAUACACGAUUUGAACACUGCGACUGGUAUAAUGGCGUCAAGGGACAUAACACUGAGACCCCUGGACAUGGGUGGGGGAAUAUUUGUGUGACGACGUACAAUGGGGGCAGAAGCUCACCAGCACCCCAUCUUAUAUGUCCAACCACCCCUGAACGUCAGACUGUAUUGAAGCACCUCCAGGGGUGUAAAGUACUUAAGUAAAAAUACUUUAAAGUACUACUUAAUUUGUUUUUGGGGGUAUCUGUACUUUACUAUUUAUAGUUUUGACAAUUUUUACUUUAACUUCACUACAUUUCCAAGGAAAAUAAUGUUUCAGACAUCUGUGGCAUUGUGUUGUGACAAAACUGCACAUUUUAGUGGCCUUUUGUCCCCAGCAAAAGGUGCACCUGUGUAAUGAUCAUGCUGUUUAAUCAGCUUCUUUAUAUAGUGCACCUUUCAAUGUGGAUGGAUUAUCUUGGCAAUGGAGAAAUGCUCACUAAAAAACUUUUGAGGCAUAUAGAACAUUUCCGGGAUCUUUAAUUUCAGCUCAUGAAACAUGGGACAAACCUUUUACAUGUUGCGUUUUUUUGUUCAGUAUAGUUUUUUAAAUUACAAAUAUAGCGGUAUACAGUCCUCCAGAUAUCUGUUGACAAGGACAUACAUCACUGUGUAUUUGUUCCUCUGUACAUACAAAAAUGGCCAA